GCCGCGGAGGAGGUGUUCCUGGUAGCCAUCUUGGAUACACGGAGUGAUUGUUUGGCAAGUAGGUAUAUAGAAAAUAAAGAAAUACCUUCAAAGGCAGGCCCAUUCAUAUCGGAGCAAGAGGUGCAAUAGAGAAAAGAGAAGAGCCCGUGACCAGCCAGACGAGAAGGCAUGAAGACAGCAUCUUAGUACAGAAGCCAUGGCGGACAAGAGAAAACUUCAAGGUGAAAUAGAUCGAUGUCUGAAAAAAGUGGCGGAAGGAGUGGAGCAGUUUGAAGACAUCUGGCAGAAGGUCUUUUUGCUUCACAAUGCAGCUAACGCAAAUCAGAAAGAGAAAUAUGAAGCUGACCUCAAGAAGGAGAUCAAGAAGUUACAGAGGCUCCGUGACCAGAUUAAAACCUGGGUGGCCUCCAACGAGAUCAAAGACAAACGGCAGCUAGUGGAGAACCGCAAGCUCAUUGAAACGCAAAUGGAGCGCUUUAAGAUAGUGGAGCGGGAGACCAAGACCAAGGCGUACUCCAAAGAAGGCUUAGGUCUGGCGCUGAAGGUGGACCCUGCCCAGAAGGAGAAGGAGGAAGUAGGCCAGUGGCUUACGAACACAAUAGACACUUUGAAUAUGCAAGUGGACCAGUUUGAGAGCGAGGUGGAGUCGCUCUCUGUCCAGACACGCAAGAAGAAAGGAGACAAAGAGAAACAGGAGCGGAUAGACGAACUGAAGCGGAUGAUCGAGAGGCAUCGCCACCACAUUCUCAUGUUGGAGACCAUCCUGCGCAUGCUGGACAAUGACUCCAUACAGGUGGACUCCAUCCGCAAGAUCAAGGAUGACGUGGACUACUACCUGGACUCCUGUCAGGACCCCGACUUUGAGGAGAACGAGUUCCUCUACGACGACUUGGACCUGGAGGAAAUCCCCCAGACUCUGGUGGCCACUUCUCCCCCGGGCAACUCCACCAUGGAUGAUGAGCUGUUCCAGCAGCACUCCAGCAGCACGCCCACCACCUCCACCUCCUCCUCGCCCACGCCUCCCUCACCCGCCACCUGCGUCAUGGAGAACUCUGAGGAUGACAAGAAACGCGGCCGCUCCACAGACAGCGAGGUCAGCCAGUCACCGGUGAAGAACGGGAACCCUUCAUUGUCUUCCUCUUCCUCCUCCUCCUCUUCCUCUUCCUCCUCCUCCUCCUGCUCAUCUUCGUCGUCGUCUGCGUCCUUGGGGACUUCCUCGUCCUCCUCCUCGAUGGUCUCCAUGGCAACCAUCACCGCCGCCGUCAGCGGCAGCGGCGGCGGCGCGGUUUCCGGGAGCGGAGUCCCGGCAGGAGGCCUCCCCGUCUCGGGCAGCUACAGCUCCGCCACGCAGGGGCACGUGCAGUACCAGCAGGCGGCCAAGAGUGCCGCCGCUGCUGCCGCCGCCGCUGCUGCUGCUGCUGCUGCUGCUGCUGCCGCUGUCUCCACGACGACCUCCCCCGCCACCGCCGCAGUCACUAGCAACGCCUCCAGCCCCGGCGGCGGGUUGUUGCCCAGACCCUCUUCGUCCAGCUCCUCACCUCCCACCAGCAGCCAUUCUCAAACGCCGCCCGCUGUGGUGCCUGGCAUGGGCGGGUCAUCUGGGUUUGGCACGGGCACGGGCCCCGUUCCAGGAAGCGGCGUUCUCGGCCACUCUGGGAUGCCGGCGUCCCUCAGCAGCAUGUCGGCGCUGUUGGCCGGCUCGGGCUCCACACCGGCCCCUUACGCCCAGGCGGCCGCCUCCAACGCCAACGCUAUCGUCAACAGCCUGAUCGCUAACGCUAGCGGCAGCCCCUUGGGGAGCGUGGUCGGGACGACGGUGACCUCCGUGUCCUCGGGCCUCCUGGGCAUGGCCCCUACCUCCCUCAGCCUGGCCCCGGGCUCCACGAGCGGCGCUCAGGGGCCCCCCCUAGUGGCCCCCACCCCGCUGGCGGGAGGAGCGGCCCCUGGAGGGAACUCAGGAAGCUUGCCGGCGAUCGCCAGGCCCCCUAGUGUCCAAAAGCAGAACGGCAGCACAAGUUACAGUGCUGUGCUUGCUGAAAGCACAUCAGAUGUCGCCCUUAAUAGUGUCAGCCAAUCACAAAACAGCCAGUCAACGUCCUUGGGCUCCUCAACAACUCAGCCUAAGGAUGUAGGGUCCAGCCUGUUCCCACCCAGCAGCCCCUCCCCAUCAUACAGCGAGGCCAAACCAGCAGGAGGCAGCCUUCUCAACGGCCCCCACUCUUACACACAGGUCAUGGAUGGCAUUAAGGAACCUCUGAGUUCUCUGAAGUCCAUGGCUGAAAGGGCAGCUUUGGGGUCAGGCCUGGACGGAGAGAUGGCUAGCUUGCACCUUACUGGGGACAUGUUCCCCAGCUCUACGGCGCCCCCUGGUGCUCCCACAGCACCGCAGCUGUCGCACUCAGAGGUGAACAUCCCCCCGUCGCUGGGCGUGUGCCCGCUGGGUCCUGUGCCCUUGUCCAAGGAGCAGGGGUACCAGCAGGCCAUGCAGGAGUCGGCCUGGGGGCACAUGCCCCACCCGUCUGACUCCGAGAGGAUCAGGUGCCUAAAAGAGGGGCUGCCCUUGGGGCAGUACCUCAUGAGGAACCCCUGUCCUACACUGCCUUUCCAUCACCAGGUGCCCCCACCCCACUCGGACACCGUGGAGUUCUACCAGAGACUCUCCACAGAGACACUCUUCUUCAUCUUCUACUACUUAGAGGGCACAAAAGCCCAGUAUCUGGCGGCCAAGGCCCUUAAGAAGCAGUCUUGGAGGUUCCACACCAAGUACAUGAUGUGGUUCCAGCGACAUGAGGAACCCAAGACCAUCACGGAUGAAUUUGAGCAGGGCACAUAUAUUUAUUUUGACUAUGAAAAAUGGGGCCAGAGGAAGAAGGAAGGGUUCACGUUCGAAUACAGAUACCUGGAAGACCGAGACCUGCAGUGAUGAAGAGAGUGACAGAGAGAAAGAGAGAGAGAGAGAGACAGAGAGAGAGAGAGAAAGAAAAAGAGAGAAAGAGGUGAAUAGUGGAAUACUGGCAACAUUCCUGGACAGAGUUCUAUCUGCAGUGGGAGGUGGGGUCGGAUGUGGAAUAGGAAGUGGUCCCUGAGGCCCCUCCCCUUUCCCCAUCAUGCCCCACCUAUUAGUUGUAAUGCUUACCAUCGAUUUGCUGCCCUGCCUCCUCCUGUCCAGUCAGGCCAGAUGAUUGGUACAGAGCCUUUAACAUCGUGGCCUUUAUUGGUUGAUAAUAACCCCCACCCCCAACCCCCGCCCUCCCAAGUCACGUAUUCAACAGCAAAUAAGAACCAAAGACAAUGGGUCCAACAUUCUCUCCAGGGCUGCAGCUCUAACAUAUAUACACACACACACACACACACACACACACACACACACACCAAUGCUCUGCCAGCACACACACUAACUGACAGCGUAUAACUGACCACCGAGCGAGGAACACCAGCUCUAAUACUCACCUCGCCGUACAAAUGCCCAGCACAGGGGUGGGUGGGUGCUUACACACACACACACACAAACCUGUGCACACUCAUGCCUUCCAGAAACUCAGAGGUGAGCAUCUUGCUGGGUGUUCUCUUUGGCGGCCCCUCUUUGUCAGUCUCAUCGAAGUGGACAUCAGGUGGAACUCAAUCAGGUGUCAAUAGAGCAGAGAGUGUACUUGCAGAAGCGUUGAGGUCUGUGGAGAGAAUCUUGUCCCUGCCUAAAUUGUAGGGAACAGAACCAACCCCACAGACUGCACAAGGGGCAGCUACGUGAGACAAUGAACGAGGCCAUUUUGAUGUAACUUCAGUUCCAUUUGAUUUUGGUUGCACUUCUUAUCCCCCACCCCCCACCCCCUGAAUGUAGAGUCAACAUUUCAACAUUUCUCUUCUGCCAUGAACGGCCUCAGACAGGGACCAGUGAGUACUGGAGAAGCAGCAACAGAGCAUCAAAACGACAAUAGGACAACAACAACAACAAAAUACAGUCUCUCUUUGCCCUCGUUGCCCACAUUUCAGCACAACAAAUCAAGCACCAACAAGUUAACCGGAGGAAGGCGUCUCGUGCCUACUGCCUUAAUGGCGCCCAUUAUGCCCCCCCCCCCCCCCCCCCCCUCACACACACACACACACACAACCCCCCACCCCCAUGCAGAAGCCAUUUCCAGCCCCACAUGCUUUUAAAAACAACAAGCAGAACUCUCCGGAGUCUGGAGUGCCAUGUGAAUGUUUCGUCUUUUCAGCGGCGGGAGCGUAGACACUCGACUCGACAAAAAGACAAGUGAAGAAGCUGAUGUUUCUCUCCUUUUUUUUUUAUUAUUAUUAUUAUUUUCCCCGAUCAGACGUGCGGUUUUCCUUUGGCUGCGGUCUGGUGUUGUUUUAAUGUUGCGUUGCAAAAAGGGGCUCUCCUGAAAUCCUUUCCCCCUGAACGCGCGUUGUACAGACUUUUCCGUUUCCCCAGCUAUUUUGUCUGUGAUUGUCUGGCCGUGUGAUGCAGAAGACAGUCACAGUGGGAAGAGAAAAAAAAACACACAAAACUGAAAGUAAAUGUCACGUAAUAAAGGAUUGUAAGAUAUUAUUAAAAUAACUACUUUUCAGAA